AUGGCGGAUGAGGGACCUGCUACAGCAGGUCCUCAAAGGGACCCGACCAAGCCCAAAUGUACCGCGGGUGAACAAAAGAUCAAGAAGGUUUUCACCUUAUCAAGCUUUGAUCUUUCACCAACCCGAGGCUAUUUCAGGCUGCUCUUCCUGACACCCAAGGACUCCGCCCUCGAUUUUGCUCUGAUUUUCAUCGGCUUCUUCGCCGCCAUCGGAGCUGGUAUCCCCUUCCCACUGCUCGGCAUCCUCUUCGGCCAGCUCGUUGACGACCUAAACUCGACAUCAUGCGGCGCCGACAGCGUUGAUGACGGGUCCGUCCGGGCCGCCGUCAACCGCAAGCUGCUGCUCGUCAUCUACGUCACCGUGGCCAACUUCUGCCUCAUCUGGGUGCACUGCGGCUGCUGGUCCCUCUUCGGCGAGCGCGUCGUCCGCAAGCUGCGCUACCGCUACCUCUGCGCCCUGCUGCGCCAGGACCUGGCCUACUUUGAGACCCUGCCGGCGGGGGACGUCGCGACGCGCCUGGACGCCGACCUGACCACCGUGCAGGCCGGCACGUCCGAGAAGGUCGGCGUGGUCAUCCAGAGCGUGUCGUACUUUGUCGCCGCCUACGUCGUCGCCUUCCUCAAGGACGCCAAGCUGGCCGGCAUCCUGGUCAGCCUGGUGCCGUGCUUCUUGCUCAUGGCCCUUGGGGGCAAUUACUUCACCAAGAAGUACGCCGGGCGCGUCAGCGACGGUAUCACCAAGGCCACGGCCAUCGCCUCCGAGUCGCUUGCGCAUAUGCGCCUCAUCAAGGUGUUUGGCGCUGCAGGCAGGAUCGAGAGCAUUUAUGUCGGGCACCUUAGGAGCGUCCAGGGCGCCGCCGUCCGCAAGUUCCUCGCCGCCUCGGUACAGAUGGGACUGCUGUACUUGAUCGCGUACUGUGCGAGCGCUGUCGCUAUGUGGCAGGGGGGCCGGCAGGUUGCUGAAUCUGUGGCGACUGGUGGUGGCGACGGCAUCACGGUUGGAGAUAUCUAUACCGUGAUUUUCGUCCUGGUUGAUGCCUCUUUCAUCAUUAGUCUCGUGGCUCCUUUCUUGACCAUCUUUGCCAAUGCAUCAAAGGCAUCUGAGAAGCUCUUCGAGACUAUUGAGCGACAGGCACCUAUCGACGCGAUGAGCCAGGAGCAAGGCAUCAAGUCCCCCAGCAUAGUGGGCGAUAUCACCCUUGAGAGCGUGUCCUUCAGCUACCCAUCCCGCGCCGAAGUCCCUGUGCUCGACAAUGUCAGCCUAUCGAUACCAAGCAACAGAAUGACUGGCAUCGUAGGCGUGUCCGGUAGCGGCAAGUCCACCAUCGCUGCCCUGGUCGAGCGUUUAUAUGACCCCAAUUCAGGUAGAGUAACCGUCGACGGCAUCGACCUGCGGGAUUUCAACGUCAGCAACUACCAUGGACACGUCUCUAUCGUUGAGCAGAACCCCACCCUCUUCAACCGCUCCGUGCUGGAGAACAUUGCCCAUGGUCUCGUCGGCUCGGGGAGACCCGAACAUCAACAUUUGCAAGAAGCCCUGCUCGGCGGCGAACUGGCCCGCCUUGUGGGUGCCGUCCGCAAAGGUGGUCACUUGGACACACUGGCUGAGAAGAAUCCGGCCUUGGAGACUAUUGUCAGGCUGACCCGGGAGGCGGCCGAGCUAGUCGGCGCGAUGGAAUACAUCGUCAACCUGCAACACGGCCUUGCGACGACUGUUGGGCCAGGCGGUGGUAUGCUCAGUGGAGGUCAGAAACAGAGGGUUGCGUUUGCCCGAGCUGUGAUCCGUGAUCCCUCAAUUUUGAUUCUCGACGAAGCAACAGCCGCUCUUGAUUCGGCCAGCGAAGCCAGGAUCCAGGAUGCUAUGGACAAAUUCUCGGCCAACAGAACCACCAUCGUCAUAGCCCAUCGCCUGUCUACCAUUAGGAAUGCAGACAACAUCCUUGUCUUGGAACGCGGUGGCAAGGUCGUUGAGCAAGGAACAUACACUUCCCUGAUGGAGAAGGAUUGCGUCUUUGCCUCGCUUGUGAGACUGCAGAGCCUGAAGUUUGACGAGGACGACAUGGAGCCCCGCGAGUCUGGUGAAACGACCUUCUACAAUAUGGAGACCGACCAGAAGCGCACAAUGGAAGUGAUGGAGAGUCUGAAGGACGCCCAGAAAUCAUCUGAUGGCGAAGACGGGGUUGGUGGAAAUGACACCAGCGCUCUCGAAAACAUUAAUACGAGCACACGCGGAUUUCUUUCCACUUUCGGUGCCAUCCUGAGGCUGGCCCGUCCUCAGCUACUUUUCAUCAUCUUUGGUGUCAUCGCCGCCACCAUCGUAGGCGGCUCUCACUCGGGGGAGGCGGUCAUCUUUGGCAACGUCGUCGGGCGUCUCAACAGCUGUCGGCUUCCCUGGGAGAUCCGCGAGAGCGCAUCGCUCUUUGGAGGUCUCUACUUCGGGCUGGCGCUGAUCGAGUUCUUCGCCAACAUGGCCAGCACGGCGUCGUUCGGUUGGGUGUCCGAGAAGUUACUCUUCAAGACACGCGUGCUCAGCCUGCGGGCGCUGCUCAGCAGGCCACUGCACUGGCACGACUCGGAGGGACGCACGCCCGGCACACUGGUGGCAUACAUGAGUGCCGACGCCAUCGCCAUGUCUGGCAUGACCGGGGCCAUCCUCGGGGUCACCUUCUCCGUCCUCAUAAGCCUCAUCGCCGGCAUCAUCCUGGCCCACGCCAUCGCGUGGAAGAUCGCCGUCGUGCUGCUGGCCUGCGUGCCUGUCAUCUUCAUGUCCGGCUUCCUGCGCAUCCACGUCCAGGCCAAGUUCGCCGCCCGCCACGCCAAGGCAUUUGCCGACAGUGUGGCCAUCGCCAUUGAGGCCAUUGACUCCAUACGCAUCAUCAGCGCAUUCUCGCUGCAGAAAGACGUGACAAAUACCUUCCUGCGCAGUCUUCGGGGGCCUUACAACUCGACGUUGAAGAAUAUACUACACGGGAACUGUUGGCUGGCCUUGAGUUUCAGCAUUGGGAACUGUGUAUACGCCCUUGCAUACUGGUGGGGGGCCAAGCAGACCGCCGACGGCACAUAUACCCAGACGCAGUUCUUCAUCGUCCUGACUGCGCUCCUCGUUGCUGCGCAGUCUAGUGGACAGAUCGUUUCCCUCGCGCCGGACAUCUCAAAGGCGGCCGUCGCGAGCCGGAGGGUGCUCAGCCUGAUCCUGCCCAAGGGAGAGGAGGCGUCACAUUUAGAGAAAGAAGCCCAGUGGAUCGGAGGAGAUCCCGAACAGGGUAUAAACGCACUCGCCGAGUCCAAAGGACCCAGUGUGGACGAAAAGGCCAGAAACGGAGCCCACGUCGCUCUGAGGAACAUCAGCUUUUCCUAUCCAUCCCGGCCAGAUGCCCCCAUCCUGACCGACCUCUCCAUGGAGAUCCCGGCCGGGUCUUUCGCCGCCCUCGUCGGCCCCUCUGGCGCAGGCAAGUCGACCGUCUUCUCGCUUCUCGAGCGCCUGUAUGUCCCAGCCUCUGGCACCAUCUCACUAGACGGGCUGGACAUAACACAGGUACCCGAGGCGGCAUCUCUCGGCACGACAACGCAGGCCCGGGCGUCUUCGUUCCGCGACGACAUGGCGCUGGUCCCGCAGGACACGGUGCUGUUCUCGGGGACGGUGGCGUUCAACAUCGGGCUCGGGGCACGGCCGGGCUCGAUCGCGAGUCAGGCCGAGAUCGAGCACGCGGCGCGGCUCGCGUGCAUCCACGACACGAUCGCGGCGCUGCCGCAGGGCUACGAGACCCCCUGCGGGCCGUCGGCCGGUCUUCAGUUCUUCAGCGGGGGCCAGAAGCAGCGGUUGUGCGUCGCGCGCGCCCUCGUGCGCCGCCCGCGCCUGCUGCUGCUCGACGAGAGCUCCAGCGCGCUCGACGCCGAGAGCGAGGCGCGGUGGGAGGCGGCGCUCGAGGCGCUGCGGGCUGGGGGCGGGGUCACCAUCGUUGCUAUUGCGCACCGCCUGAGGACUAUCAAGAAGGCCGGUGUUAUUUUCGUCGUGGAGAAUGGGCGGGUGUUGGACCGUGGGACGCAUGAGGAGCUUGUUGUUCGGUGUGAGAGAUACAGGAAUGAUGUACUGCAUCAGACUCUAGAAUAA